AUGGCCUCCAAGCGUAUCACCCAGGAGACCUUUGACGCAGCUGUUUGCGAGAACAUCCAGGAGUUUGAGAUGGAGCCGGAGGAGGCGGUGAGAGAAGCCGUGGAGCAGUUUGAAUCACAAGGGGUUGAUCUGAGCAACAUUGUAAAGAUGGCCCCAAAAGUCUCCGCGGAUGGACCCCAGGAUCCCAUACAUGACAUCCUGCAGGCCCUGGAUGACCUGCGGGAAUCUGUGGCCCGCUCUCACCCGCAGGAGGCGUCUGCACAGCUUGCCCGCUUUUGCGAGCAGUGCAAGCAGCAGAAGGCCUGCCGCUUUCUGGCAGCCGAGAAGGGGGCCUACUCCAUCCUCCUGGAGACCUGGAAGUUGGCCGCAGCGGGUGACCAGGGCCUCCUCCUCCAGGCCCUCAAUGCCCUGUCUGCCCUGACCGAUGGCCAGCCCGACCUCCUGGACACCCAGGGCCUGCAGCUGCUCGUGGCCACGCUGGCCCACAAUGCUGACUCGGCCCACGUGACCUGCUCCGGGAUCCGCUGCGUGCGCCAUGCCUGCCUGAAGCACGAGGAGAACCGGCAGAGCCUGGUGAAGGCCGGCGUGCUGCCCCUGCUGACGGGCGCCAUCGCCCGGCACAGCCACUGUGCCGACGUGGUCCGGGAGGCCUGCUGGGCCCUACGUGUCAUGACCUUUGACGAUGACAUCCGUGUGCCCUUCGGCCAUGCCCAUGACCACGCCAAGAUGAUCGUGCAGGAGAAUGGAGGCUUAAAGGUGCUCAUUGAGGCUGCCAAAGUGUUCCCCGACAAUCCUAGCAUCCUGAGCGAGCUCUGCAGCACCCUGUCCCGCCUGGCUGUCCGCAACGAGUUCUGCCAGGAGGUCGUCGACCUCGGGGGCCUCAGCGUCCUGGUGGCCCUGCUGGCUGACUGCAGUGACCACCAGGAGCUGGUGAAGCAGGUGCUGAGUGCUCUGAGGGCCAUCGCAGGCAAUGAUGAUGUGAAGGAUGCCAUCGUCCGCGCCGGCGGGACCGAGUCCAUUGUGGCCGCCAUGACCCGGCACCUGGCCAGUCCCCAGGUGUGUGAGCAGAGCUGUGCAGCCCUGUGCGUCCUGGCCCUGCGCAAGCCAGCGAACAGCCGCGUCAUCGUGGAGGCCGGCGGGGCCCAGGCCGCGCUGCAGGCCAUGGAGGCCCACCCUCAGGAGGCUGGCGUCCAAAAACAGGCCUGCAUGCUGAUCCGAAACCUGGUGGCCCGCAGCCAAGCCUUCUCACAGCCCAUCCUGGACCUGGGGGCCGAGGCCCUCAUCUCGCGAGCCCGAGCCACCCACCACGACUGUGAGGACGUAGCCAAGGCCGCCCUGCGGGACCUGGGCUGCCACGUCGAGCUCCGAGAGCUGUGGACUGGCCAGAAGGGUGACCUGGCACCGUGA